UUAUUUUAAUUCUUCAUGUAUUUGUACUUUCAGGAGAAAUUCUUGCCAUUUCUGGAUAUGUUCCAGAAGGAAAGUGUGAGAGUGGAGGUUUGCAAGUGCAUUAUGGAAUCUUUUAUUAAGCAUCAGCAGGAAUCUACAAAGGACCCUGUUAUACUCAAUGCUCUUCUGCAUAUCUGCAAGACGAUGCAUGACUCUGUGAAUGCUCUGACGCUUGAGGAUGAGAAAAGAUUGUUAGCAGCUUUGAUAAAUGGAUUCAUAAAAAUGGUUUCAUUCGGUCGUGACUUUGAACAGCAGCUGAGUUUCUAUGUUGAAGCUAGGUCUAUGUUUUGCAAUCUGGAGCCUGUUUUAGUCCAGCUAAUUCAUUCUGUGAACCAACUAGCAAUGGAGACAAGAAAGGUGAUGAGAGGAAAUCAUUCUAGAAAGACUGCUGCGUUUGUCAGGGCUUGUGUUGCCUUCUGCUUCAUUACAAUUCCAUCUCUGAGCAGUAUCUUUACACGUCUUAAUUUGUAUCUGCACUCUGGACAGGUUGCUCUGGCAAAUCAGUGCCUUUCACAAGCUGAUGCUUUUUUCAAAGCUGCAGUGAGCCUUGUUCCUGAAGUGCCAAAAAUGAUCAGUGUAGAUGGAAAGAUGCGACCUUCUGAUGCCUUCCUCUUGGAAUUCCUCUGUAACUUCUUUUCCACAUUAUUGGUUGUUCCAGACCAUCCAGAACAAGGAGUGUUGUUUCUUGUGCGAGGAUUACUAAAUGUGAUCCAGGAUUAUACCUGGGAGGAUAACAGCGAUGACAAAGUCAGGAUUUACACUAAUGUUUUGCACCUGCUGUCUGCAAUGACUCAAGAAACAUAUAUCUACCAUGUAGAUAAAGUGGAUUCCAAUGAUACCCUGUAUGGUGGAGACUCCAAGUUCCUGGCUGAAAUCAGUAAACUGUGUGAAACAGUAAUAGCACAGAUUCUGGAUCAUCUCAAAACCCUUGGAAAGGAAGAGGUAUGUCCAUACUUUAACUGGAUUAAAUGCAAAGCCAAAAUUACUUUGGAAUUGAGUAAAUGGACCGCCUUCUUGGCCAGGUUUGAUCUUUUAGGAAGUUCUGGGAGCUUUACAAUGAGAGGGAAUCAGUUUUCUUGUUUUACUUAGUUUUACUUCUUUAAA